AUGCUCUCCCGUCAGGCGUUCCGUUCCGUCCGCGCCGUCGCCCCCCAGAGGGUCAUGGCCAUGGGUGCCGUCCCCGUGAGGACCUUUGCCGCCGCUGCUGGCGCCGACGCCCAGGUUAAGCCUCCUGUUGCCGUGUUCGGUCUCGACGGCACGUACGCUACUGCUCUGUACACUGCCGCCGUCAAGUCCUCCACCCUCGACCCCACGGUCAAGGCCCUGUCGACCCUCAGCUCCCUCCUCGAGAGGGACCCCAAGCUCGGCACCAUCCUCUCGGCUCCUACCCUCACCACGGCCGACAAGGCCGCCGUCGUCGCCGAGCUGGCCAAGCAGUCCGGCGCCUCGGGUUCUACCGUCAAGAACUUCCUCGAUGCCCUGGCCGAGAACAACCGUCUCGGUCUCCUGCCCGGAAUCUGCACCAAGUUCAACACUCUCGUCCAGGCUGGUCGUGGAGAGGUUGAGAUGAUUGUCACUUCUGCUCAGAACCUCGACAACAAGACCCUCUCCCGUCUUGAGAACGCCGUCUCCAAGUCUGCUUACGUCGGUGCCGGCAAGAAGCUCAAGGUCACCAAUGAGGUCAACCCCGACAUCGUCGGUGGACUCAUCGUCGAGGUCGGAAACCGCACCAUUGACCUCUCCGUCUCUGCCCGCAUCGCCAAGAUGAACAAGCUCCUCACCGACAGCCUGUAA